CUCUCUCUCUGUUUAUCUGGAUCUCUCUCUCUCUCUCUCGCUGUCUCUCUCUCAUUGAGCUGAGACUGAAACAUGGACUCAGGCGUCUCUGGAACUAGAACCUGGUUCUGAUCUGAUCAAUGAGAACAAUGAAGAUUUCCUGAAAGAAAACCUUUAUGAUAUAUGAACGACUCCUUUCAAAGGAACUACAACCGAAACAUCCAAAGACCCGGACCUGGACCUGGACUUGGACUCUGCCCUCAAACACUGUGACAGUUGGUCAUAGAUUUCCUGGAUUACACUCAGACGGGAUGAGCAGCAGGACAGUGGACAGAGGAAGAGGAAGCAGCAUGGUCUUCCUCAGCGCUCACCGCUGCCCCGAGGUCGACCGGCCGCCUCGUCACCAUGGUGACGCUUCACCUCGCCCUCAGCAGAAGAUCCACCCGGUCACAUGUGCAGGUGAAGCACAGGUGGAUUAUCUGAGUGUCUGUCACUCUGAGGAAGAGGAGGAGGAGGAAGAGGAGGAGGAGGAGGAGGGAAGUGAGAGCGACUGGUCGGAAGAAGAUCUCACCCUCCAUUUCUCUCCCUCUGUCAUCCUCCAAUCAGAGGACGAAGCGUCUGAUCCAGAGAGGGGCUUCGGGUGUGUCGACGUUACCGUGGAAACACAGGUGACGGGUCAGGAGGGGGCGGGGCUAAAGACGGUCCCAAAGAGACAGAUUCAACUGAAGAAGAAGAAAAAAAUGGAAAACGUCAACGGUCUGUCCCGCCCACCUGUGGAAGGGGGCGGAGCCCACAGUGAACUCUGUCCAACUGUCCGCGCCCGUCCUGACGCGUUGCUAAGACAACACAGUGUCCCCGCCUCCUUCCACACACAGCCCUCGGACAGCGGCGACGUGGACGGCUACAGGGUUUACCGGGGCCUCGUCUCAGGGGCUCAUCAAGGGUUUCAGGUGGGUGGAGACUCGCCACGGCGUCUGCAGAAGUCUCUCUCUCUGGACGAGACCAAGACAAAGAUGGCAUCCUGCAUCAUCAAGAGCGUCCUCUCCAAGAAAAUGCAGGUGGAGCAGAUGAACACGCCUGCCGCCUGCCCACCUGUGAGAGGGGGCGGGGCUUCACCUGUGCGGGAGGGCGGGGCCGCAGGAGUGUGGAAGGCGCCAGUCCAUGUGGUCAGAGACGUAAAGAGUUUAGUGAAAAACACAUACAACCUGUCGUUCGCCACGGCAACGGUGCCUGGCGACAAACCAGCCAGCUUCAAGCUGAUUGGCCGGGACAGUCCCCCGCCCACAUACCAGCAGGCUGUUGAGGUCAAAGGUCAUCAGAUAUUGAAAUCCUGCAGGGGACACGUGGCAAAGGUCACGGCUUCUUUCAGCCAAUCACAGCCCACGCGACAGAGCGACGCGUCCAGUCGCCCAAUCACACGAGAGCAACGAGGCAGCAAGCCUGUCGCGAGAGGAGGGAGGGUCAAUGAAGUCACCUGGCCUGUCGCAUCAGAAGACAAGGGUGUGAGGGGUGGAGAUCCUCCCCCUUCCUCCUCCCACACAGGGAGCCAGCAGGAACAGAUGGGUGUGUCCUGUCACUUUGGCUCCUCCCACAGAUGUGUAUUCACGCCCUCCACUCUGCACCCCUACGUGAAGGUCAACUACAAACCCCCGUCAGCUCCGACACACCUGCUGGAGAGGAGCGAGGAAAGCCCCUCAGAGCAGCCAGACCACAGCCAGAAGCCCCGCCCCCCUCAGCCAGCCAGGACGACAAGAGACAAGGAAGGAGGUGACAUCCCAGUAACUCCGCCCACACAAACAUGUGAGCAUGGUGUGCAGCAGCACAGUCACAAUCCUCCAUGCAGACUUCAGGGGUUCUUACCUGCUCAAGUGGGCCGGGACUUCCUGGUUUCUGGACCUGGAGCCUUCCUCAGUGGCCCCGCCCCCUUCCAAGUGAUGUUAGAACCUCAAAGUGGGCGAUGUUAUUAUGUAGACACGCCCCCGCAGCAUCAGAGGAAGAUGCUGAUGGAUCCAGAAACCGGUCAGUUCUUCCAGGUGCUCCUCCCUACAACUAGCCCCGCCCCCAGCACUCACUUGUUCCCAAUGUGUUGUGUUAACCCCGCCUCCACUGUCAUCAACCCCGCCCCAACGAUGAAACAAAGCAGCAGCGCUAACCAGAGCGUUCUGUCCGUGAUGCCCUUCCAGCCAAUGGCGUCGUCCCUGUACGGCGCCCCCUGCCUCCCGUUCACCGUUUUUACACCAGCAACCAACUUCACACUCGCUUCACCAGCGACCAACUUCACACUCGAUUCACCACAAUGAGGCUGAAUGAAAAUGAAAUAAAAUCCCGAGAUGAAGGAAAAGAAAAAUAUCACGUUUUUAUUGUUAAAUGUUUUUAAAAAAGAAAAAUUCACAUUUUUGAUCUUAUUUAUUUAAUAAAUAAAAACACUGAGGUAUUUAUCUGUUUAAAAAUAAUGAUCAAUAUUAAAUAUCAAUAAAUAUUUUUAUUCA